AAGGAUGGACCCACCUCACAGCCCCGGCUCCGGACAUUGCCUCCUGGGGAUAGCCAGGAACGCUCCGACAGCCCCGAGAUCUGCCACUACGAGAAGAGCUUUCACAGACACUCGGCUGCCCCCAACUAUACCCACUGUGGGCUCUUCGGGGAUCCCCACCUCAGGACUUUCACAGACACUUUCCAGACCUGCAAGGUGCAAGGGGCUUGGCCGCUUAUAGACAAUAACUACCUGAACGUCCAGGUCACCAACACGCCGGUGCUGCCUGGGUCCUCGGCCACCGCCACCAGCAAGCUCACCAUCAUCUUCAAGAGCUUCCAGGAGUGUGUGGACCAGAAAGUGUAUCAGGCAGAGAUGGACGAGCUGCCCGCUGCCUUUGCUGAUGGCUCCAAGAACGGUGGGGAUAAGCACGGAGCCAACAGCCUGAAGAUCACUGAGAAGGUGUCGGGCCAACACAUUGAGAUCCAGGCAAAGUACAUCGGCACCACCAUCGUGGUGAGGCAGGUGGGCCGGUACCUCACCUUCGCCGUGCGCAUGCCAGAGGAGGUGGUCAACGCAGUGGAGGACCGGGACAGUCAGGGCCUCUACCUGUGCCUCCGCGGUUGUCCGCUCAACCAACAGAUUGACUUCCAGACCAUCCGCUCGGCUCAGGCCACAGAGGGCCGUGCUCGGAGGAAGGGGCCCAGCCUGCAGGCCCCCCCCGAGGCCUUCACGUAUGAAACAGCCACGGCCAAGUGCAGGGAAAAGCUGCCCGUGGAGGACCUCUACUUCCAGUCCUGCGUCUUCGACCUCCUCACCACAGGGGAUGUUAACUUCAUGCUGGCUGCUUACUAUGCCUUUGAGGAUGUGAAGAUGCUUCACUCCAACAAAGACAAGCUGCACCUCUAUGAAAGGACACGGGACUUGGCCCCUGGCAACAUGGCUCCCUCGGGGAUGUCCUCUGCCCUCUGGGUAGCACUGCUGUGUUUGAGUCAAUGCUGGUUGUGCUUGUUAUAGAGGUUUGCUCCUUCGCACCAUGGAGAGCGGGGAAGGGGGAGCAGGAGGGAACCAGGGAUGAGAUGGCGGUGCUGGACAGUAGGA